GAGGGUCAAUUUGGUAUGGAAAAAAGUUUUGGAACUGGACCACCACCAAUAAACGAUGAAAAUGUUUUUGAAACAUGUGACAUGUUUUGGAAGGAUCUUCUUCUUACUGAUAAAAUGAUAGAAGUAAAUGGGCACCAUAACCUCGAUUAUACAAAUCCAUUUUCAGGUUAUGGUAUCUUUAAUCUGGCUGCUAAGCUUGGGUCUCGAUUUUUGGAUAAAUUGGAUAAUGUUGUUGACUACGGGGCAACUUGUAGAAUUACUGCAUGUUCACGAAAUCAACCUGUGGCCGAUAAUAUGGGAAUUGGUAUCAAGGAUCAAUUGCCAUGGAAACUUUCCAAAGAUAUGAAAUAUUUUGAAAGAAUAACAAAAAAAAUUUCAUUGAACAAUGAUAGCAACGAUAUUAACUUUGAAAAUGAUAACUCGAUUUUUCAAAAUGCUGUUGUAAUGGGUCGUAAAACUUGGGAAGCUAUUCCACCAAAAUAUAAACCAUUAAAAGAUCGUUUAAACAUUGUAAUAUCAAAAACUAUAGAUAAUUCAGGUUCUACAACGCAUUUUGUUUAUCCAACUUUAGAUGCAGCCAUUGAAAAUCUUAAAAAUGAUCCCAACAUUUCAAAUAUUUUUGUUAUUGGAGGUUCAUAUGUUUAUAAAGAAGCAAUGGAAUCAAAAAACUUUUCACAUAUUUUGAUUACAAGGGUUUAUCAAAAUUUUGAAUGCGAUACCUUUUUUCCAACAAUUGAUGAAAAUGUUUUUGGAUUAGCUUCUCAUGAUGAAUUGGAGAGUUUUGUUAAUGAAAAAGUACCAAAAGGCAGGCAAGAAGAAAAUGGGAUUGAAUAUGAAUUUUUCUUGUACAAAAGAAAAAAUUUAUAA